AUGUCCUUUCCGCCUCCUCCAGGUCUCAAUAAAGCGCCUUCGUCUCUUCCUCCUCGACCACCUCCGUCCAGCAAUGCUGCCCAGCCACCCGCCCCGGGCUACGGUGGGAACACGCGCCCGGCCUUCACGGGUUUCCAGCCGCGCUCCGUAGCCUCUAGUCAGCCACAGCCAUACCGCGCCAACAAUCCGACGAUCUCAGCCCCACCUGUUUCGUCCGCCGGGUAUGGCCCACCGACGACCAACUAUUCAAAUUAUUAUCAACAACAACAACACCAUCAACAACAGCCGCAAUCUUACCAGAGCGGCCCUUCAUACUACGGCGGCGGCGGCGGUAGUGCCUCCUACAACGAAAGUACAUACGGCCCUACCGUCCCGCACAUUCAGAACCCCUUCGGCUCGACACCGGGCCAAUCCUAUGGUGGCGGGCCACCCGCGGGUCGUGAUGGCGUAGAUGCAGAGACCGAAGCUCAGAUCGCACAGUGGCAAAGCGCCUAUGCUAAGCAGGAUGACUCGGCCACCCCUGCUCACAUGCAAGGAGCCCAGUCCGCUGCUCCCAGCAGAAGUACCGGAACCCCAACUACUGGUAUGGCCGGUGCCGGCACUCCUCUCCCACAAACCGAAUCUCAAAAGACUGUUGCUCGAGCCGGUGGUGGCCAGGAGUGGACUGAUUCGACGCUGUUGGAAUGGGAUCCUGCCCAUUUCCGAUUGUUCGUCGGUAAUCUGGCUGGCGAAGUCACCGAUGAAUCUUUAUUGAAGGCCUUUGCUCGAUACACAUCCGUGCAGAAGGCUCGUGUCAUUCGAGAGAAGCGUACACAGAAGAGCAAAGGAUACGGGUUUGUGAGCUUCAGUGAUGGUGAUGACUACUUCAAGGCUGCCCGUGAAAUGCAGGGCAAGUAUAUUGGCUCACACCCUGUUCUUUUGCGCCGAGCUGUCACCGAGGUGAAGCCAGUUUCAAAUAAUAAGAACCACAAGAAGGGCGGAGGCGGUGCCCGAGGCGGGCAUUCGACAACCAAGGUCAAGCAUGAUGGUGUGAAGAAGUCUGGAAAGACCAAGGGAGGUUUAAAGAUUCUUGGUUAA